AUGGAAGAGUUGGCUGAGAGUUUAAGCAAAACCAUAUCUCGCAUCGAAGAGUAUACUCGACAGCCAGAGUUUAGAGACGCAACUUUGGAGCAGGUAAAGGUCCGGGCGGACAAGUUGGAGAAAUAUUAUGAGCGUUUCAUAGAAGCGCACCAAAAGCAAGUAGAAUGUGCACCUAAAAAGGCAAAUAAGUAUGAUGAAAUGGCUGCGCAGGUUGAAACAUUUUAUUUUGCAGCUCAUUCGGCUCUUAUAGCCAAAGUAAAUGCUCUAAAGCCAGCUCCACCUUCCGCUAUACAACAACCGCUGGCAGUGCAGGUGAACUGGCCUUAUCAGCAACAUGAUUUAAAAAAUACGUGGGGAGAAUUCGACGGCACAAUCACGAAGUGGCCCGGUUUCCGCGACCGGUUUAUAGCAGCUAUACACAGCAAUGACAAUGUUUCGCCAGCAUUUAAAUUUUCGUAUUUGAAAAAGUCCUUGGUAGGGAAGGCGGCGCGAACGCUGGGGGAAUGGCAACUAACUGACGACAAUUAUAUUGAAGCGUGGGAUCGGCUUAAGCAGUUGUAUGAUAGAAAGUAUCCAAUCUGCCGAGAGCAUUUGCGUCAACUGUUUCGCUUGCCUGCCGUUGAGGGUUCACCGCGGUCUAAUGACUUACAACGCAUGUCUAAUGUUACACACGAAGCAUUACGCCAGCUUCGUGCUCAGGAAAUUCCUGUAGAAGGUUGGGACAUGAUUAUCGUUCCUAUACUCCAUGAGCGGCUAGAUGCGGAGACUAGCAAACAAUGGGAACUCCAACGUCAAUCGGAGACGCCAACAAUCAAGCAAUUGUUAGACUUUUUGGAUCGCCAGGCAUCUGCUCUGGCAAAUGUGGCUGAUGUACGUCGAUCGCGUAUCCAUAUUCGACACGAGGCUACAGGGACUAGCCGCGGUUUAGAGGGUAAUGGAGAGCGUGCUAGGCGAGACCAGGGGUCAUAUAGCACAGCUGUUAAAAAAGCGAUUGCUUGUGCUGCAUGUGGGCGUGAUCAUGCAAUUUGGACGUGUGGUGAAUUUAUGGGCCUUACCUUACGAGGACGCGAGGACUUGGUAAAUAAGAAUAACCUUUGUCGAAAUUGCUUAAAACGUGGCCAUAUGGCUGGCAGUUGCUUUCAAGGUGUUUGCCCACGUUGCUCAGGGCAGGUGAAACACAAUAGCCUGCUGUGCCCUAAAAAGGAAAUAACGAAACAUGCACUUAUAGUUAAGAAUGUAGAUGCUCCUUGUACACGCAAAGACAAGAGAUGCUCAACAAAACGACAGCGAGAUGUAGCUGUCAGUCGCGUUUAUUCUGCACAGGUUAAUCAUUCCGAAGAUUUUUCGGAUAUUGACAACGAGAUCAAAAGAGUUGAUAGGCAAUUGAGUUUACUUCAUAAGCAAGAUCAAUUGUUAAAGAAGCGCAAGGUAGUUUUCGAACAGGAAAAAGAUUGUAAUACGAGUAAUAUCAAAGAGAGAGAAAUAAAUGCUAAUCAGCAAUAUGGCGGUUCGUUUAACUUUGGUUUAGAUUUAAUGCCUGCUCUGUUGCCGACUGUUAUGAUCAGGUUAGAAGCGGAUGGGCAAUGUAUCGGACCUGUUCGAGCAUUAUUCGAUUGUGGGGCGCAGCCGAACUUGAUUGCGUCUAGCCUGCACAACAGGUACAAACUCCCUGGUUUGCCAGCAACACACAAGAUGAUUGGGAUUGAGGGGCAGUCUAUCGAUGUAAGUCGGCGUGUAGUUUUGAAAGUAAGGCCAUGGUUUGACUCAGGCAGCUAUAUAGAGGAAGAAUUUUGGAUAUUGCCUAGUGAAAAUAACUGGGAACCUGUACUGCCGAAUACUGUGGGUAGAGCACACCCUAUAAGUACGUCUCUGUCUAUACAGUUCGCUGAUCAAGAGUAUUGGAAGCCUGAGAAAGUACGCGUUAUUCUCAAUGUUAAAGUAUUUGCAAAAGUCUUGGUCGCAGUGCAUCCCGUACAGUCAGAAGGGACGGCGCUUAUAGAAACUCGUUUAGGUCUAGUCGUCUGCGGUACUCAGGUUCCAAUUGAUGGCGACACAGGCACACCGACUUCAUAUAUUAAUUGUACAAUUUCUGAAGAUCUGGGUGAGCUGGUUAAGCGGUUUUGGCAAUUAGAUGAAAUUGCUACGUGUUCCAAGCGCACUGAAGAAGAAGAAAAGGUCGAACGAAUUUUUUUAGAAACAUAUUCUCGUGAUAGUACAGGAAGAUUCACGGUCACAAUUCCAAUAAAAGAGAAUAUAAGCGAUAUUGGGUGUUCAAGGGAUAUUGCACUGCAGCGAUUUUGGUCUUUGGAAAAAAGAUUGAGCCGAGAUUCUGAAUUGAAAAAACAGUAUGUCGAGUUCAUGAGGGAGUAUGAGCAACUAGGUCACAUGGAGCAAGUUUCCAAACCCGCCACGCCGGGUGAGAUGGUAUACUACAUCCCUCAUCUCUGCGUAAUUAAGAAAUUUAGAGUAGUUUUUGAUGCCAGCUGCAGAACAAAUAAGGGCAUUUCUCUAAAUGAUGUACAGAUGUUGGGCGAAAAGCUACAGCGCAAUCUAACAGAAAUUAUUAUGAGAUUCCGUAGGCAUAAAUUUGGGGUCAUUGCAACGCAUUUUUUGGAGGGAGUAUAG